AUGCUCAAUGGCGCUUCCAUAGCCAUGCCUUCUGAUUUGCUGGGCAGAGCGAUUUGGUUAGCUGCCCCCAAGUCCAAGGUGACGCCAUCUCGUAAGAAAAUUCGAAACAAUGACCCAACCAAGCGACUUAAGAAUAUCGUGCACUUCCAGGACUGUACUAUGUGUGGCGAGAAGAAGUUGCGCCACCCUGUUAAAGCAGAUCUGAUGGAUGACGUUUCAAUCGGCCUCGAGAUUGAGAACGCGUCGUUCCUAAGCUCAUCAACAACAGCUGAAAAGGAAUUACCCAAGCCAAUAUUGGUGCCUGUCCCGCUUCCGCCACCAACGGUAGUUUCUGUCACUUCAUCGCCCAACCCCUUUGCUUCGACGCCACCUCAACCGGUUGCCAAUGUCGACGAGAGUUUGCGGGUGUCGUACCACUGCAAAGCCAUCAAAUGCUUUCGUCUUCAAUGGGAAGCGGAAGUCAACCCCCGGUGCCCUCGUCAAACGACAAUUGUGAUAAAAAACGCUGUCUACGUAUUCGACGGCUAUUAUUUAUUAUGUCAUGGUGAGCCGCCUGAAAUACCAAGGUUUGAGUACACGCGAGGAGGCGUCAUGUGCAAAAUUCACUUCAUUCUUGAAGACCUUCCAUCUUCUUUGCGCGGAACAACUAGCAACGAUGUGGAUGCUGAUGUCAAUGGUGAAGCUCAUCGAUCGUUCUGCGACUCGUUAUCUUUACUGCAAAGAUACAUUUUCCAGCAACUUCUCGGGAUUCAGCCGGCUCAUUUGUUUAGGAAGGUAUUUCCUGACCCAACUCAUGCUACUGGUGAUGCAUCUGAAAUUUGUGGAGACUAUCACUUGGUGCCUCGAUUUGUUGCCGUGAAUGAAGAGCCACUCCUAAAUGCAAAUGACCUGCGUUCCCCAAACCGUGUAGGAUACGCUAUAGGACGACUAUUACCUGUGCAAAAGUUACUGGAGUACCUAGAUAAUAGCGCAAAAUUUACCGUGCUCGAUUUCUUAAAACAAUUUGAUCACCAAGAGCUUGUGGACUGCAUUGUUUCCACUCGAAUUAAUGGCCAGCCGAAUGCUUUUCGCAUCGAUGAGCUAUUAAUGGAAUCUAAAGAAAAUGUAGACGUCGAGCUGUCAGGCAUACUAACUAAAGAUGGACGAAAUGUUGUUCGUGCCAUUGCUCACCACGGCGAAGGAGCACGCAAUUACGAUGGAGCUAAAUCCAAAAAGAAAAUUCGCAAGUGGCAGGAGAUGGGAAAGUUUUUACAGCUGUCACCUGAAGUUGAGCCUUGUUCUCUUGAACUUCGUCCAGGAGACUGUCAUCUGACAGGUAUCCGUGCUGAUGUAUUCGAGGUCGGGAGCGCUAUGCCAAUGGUACUUAAGUAUGUGCGGCAUUUUAGUUUGCUAAAUAGCUUUGCAAAGACAAUGGGACUUACUUUCCACGAUACGACGCUGUUACGUCAAGCAUUCACUCAUGGUUCAUAUGUUGACGUGGGUAUGCAGAAUGUCAAUACAGUAGAAGCCACACGAUCGCGUGUGCGGCUUGGACACGUCUUUAAUAAUGUUGCGUCGCUCAAGCGAUCGCGUAGUAUGCUGCUUAAUGGAGACUUACCCAUGUCGGGCAAGGUUGCAGGAAACAAUGCUGCUCAGCUCCGUCAAGUGGCUAAGAUGCAUUUAUCGGGUGAAUUUAAAGAAGAGUUUCAUUCGCGAUACUUGUGUCCAUACGAGCGACUGGAGUUCAUGGGUGACGCUGUGCUCAGUUUUCUUGUGGCAUCGUCGGCGUUUUUAAAACUUCCAGACGUCGAUGAAGGAUUUCUUCAUCAAACUCGUGUUGACAUUGCCAGCAACGACAAUCUCGGCAAACUGGCUAAAACUGCAAAUUUUGAGUCGCUGUUGCUUAGUGCUUUCGACGUUACCUCGCUGAAUGAGGAAGUGAAGUCGAAAAUUACCGCUGACUGCUUAGAAGCGCUUUUAGGAGCACUUUACAAAGACCAAGGAAUCGCUCCGUGCAGAGAACUUCUGGGUAAACUCAUGGACAUGCACGACCCUGAAUUGCGCGAGUUGUGCUACUUAUCUACAGAUGACUUGAUGACAAAAGCAAAAUUGUAUGUUGUGAAAGACCAAGCUGUUAUCAAAGCGUGGAGUAAGUAUACCAGCACUCGACUAAUGCAUCGUCGCUUCACCGCAUGUUCUGGCGUCAAUAUCGCCAACACGCACCUAUGGCUUCAAGCGUUUACACAUGCUUCAUUCCAGAAGCCCAAAAUCGGGGAUGACGAGUUUAUUGGGCAUGAUCCAAGCUACGAACGGGUCGAAUUUCUGGGUGACGCUGUGCUCCAGCUACUAUCAUCCGAGUUUUUAAUCGAUGCAUUUCCGUAUCACCAAGAACAUCUAUUGACGCAAGUACGGUCAUCACUUGUAAAAAACAAGAAAUUAGCUAUUGUUGCACGCACAGCGGGGUAUGAAGAGUUUCUCCGUCUAGGAAAUGAUAUCAAGCAAGGCAGUAAUUUGUAUGUUGAGGACGUGCUGGCUGACGCAUUUGAAGCAACGCUCGGUGUCGUUUUUCUCGAGAAUCCAGGCGAUCUUAGCAAGGUUCGCUCAAUAUUAGAGCAAUUGCUCUUUCCUAGACUUACCGAAGCUAUCCGACGUCGUCAGUGGAUGGAGCCCCGCAAGGACGAUUGA